GCCCGGAAGCUGAUUGCCGAGAACUCGAUCGGAAGGCGGAAGUGCUGUUCGGCUGCAGCCAAAGGAACAAUUAAAGAAACAUCCGGUCUGGACCAUGCAGGUUGGAGAAGGAGAAAAUGGGAUGUUAUACAUCUGAUGACUGGACCUUUAACGGAGCGUAGGGUUUUUAAAGAUAAUAAUACAUGUGUAAGAACAGAAUUGUUACCUCAUACACAAUGUUCCCUCAAACACUGAGCAGCGUCUGUGCUGUUCUUGUACGUCGUCUGUAACGGUGGGUUUAACAGUCGUACCACCAACACCAUGUCAUCCACCUCGCGCUUAGGAGUGAGCGGUGACAUCGUAGGGACAGGAAUGGAGGACGGUUCUCGCCGUUCUUCGGCGCGCCACGCCCACCUGCUGCUGGCUCAGAUGAAUAAGAUGCGUCUGCACUCAGAGCUCUGUGAUGUGCGUCUGCUGGUGGGCGGGAGGGCAUUUCAGGUCCACCGAUUGGUCCUGGCAGCCAGCGGGCCAUAUUUCUCCGCCCUCUUUAACUCGGCCAUGAGUGAGGCACGUGAGGAGGAAGUGCACAUUGCUGGGGUGGAAGCAGACGUGUUCGAGUCUCUGCUGGAGUUCAUGUACACAGGCUGUGUGGAGGUGACCGUGGAGAACGUUCAGGAUCUCAUGAUGGCGGCCGACAUGCUGCAGCUCGGCGAGCUUGUGCUCAUCUGUGGAGAGUUCCUGAGGAGCCACAUAGAGCCGAGUAACUGUGUAGGAAUUUAUCAGUUCCUGGAACAGAUCGGAUACAGUGAGCUCCUGGAGUUCACACAGAACUACAUCCAUGCCCACUUCCUACAGGUGUGUGAGGCCGAGGAGUUCUCCAGCCUGUCGAAGGAUCAGCUGGCGUGUUUACUGCGCAGUGAGGAAUUGAGGAUUGAGGACGAGUAUCAGGUGUUUAUGGCGGCCAUGAGCUGGCUACUGCAUGACAUCACACACAGGAAGAAACACGUGGUGGAAGUUCUGGAGCCGAUCCGCUUCCCUCUGCUGUCACCGCAAAGACUCUACGCCUACAUCGAGGGUGUGAGCGACUUCAGCCUGCGGGUGGCGCUACAGACCCUGCUGAGAGAAUACACAGAGAUGAUCAAAACCCCCAAAGACGCUAAGACGGCCGUACAACCGACAAAGACCCGGCCCCGGAGGAAAGCACGCAAAUACCUCUAUGCCAUCGGAGGUUACACUCGUCUGCAGGGGGGGAGAUGGAGUGAUAGUCGGGCGUUGAGCUGUGUGGAGCGAUUUGAUUCGUUCAGUCAGUUCUGGACGACUGUCUCCUCCCUCCAUCAGGCCCGCAGCGGGCUGGGCGUCGCCGUCCUCGACGGCAUGAUCUACGUCAUUGGAGGUGAGAAGGACUCGAUGAUCUUCGACUGUACAGAGCGCUAUGACCCCAUCACCAAACAGUGGGCUGCUGUCGCUUCACUCAAUUUCCCACGCUGUGGAGUCGGGGUGUGUCCAUGCCACGGAGCUCUCUAUGCACUCGGUGGCUGGAUCGGUUCUGAAAUCGGGAAAACGAUGGAGCGUUAUGAUCCAGAGGAAAAUAAGUGGGAGGUGAUAGAGAGCAUGCCUGUACCACGCUACUACUUCGGCUGCUGCGAGCUACAAGGUUCUAUCUACGUGAUUGGUGGGAUCAGUGAUGAGGGGGUGGAGCUUCGUUCAGCUGAGGUCUAUGAUCCCAUUUCUCGCCGUUGGCGCGCGCUGCCUGUUAUGAUGACACGGAGGGCGUAUGUGGGCGUGGCCUCAUUCAAUAAUGCCAUCUAUGCGGUGGGAGGUUGGAACGAGGCUCUCGGCUCGCUGGACACCGUGGAGAAAUACUGUCCUGAGGAGGAGCGGUGGGUGGUGGUGGCCUCCAUGUCAGUGGCACGUGCCGGUGUUAGCGUAGCCGUCGUUAACGGGCUGCUGUACGCCAUCGGAGGCCGGAACUCCGGGAGGGAUUUCUCUGCUCCAGUCACUGUGGACUCGGUGGAGAUUUACGACCCACACCUGGACACGUGGACUGAAAUAGGAAACAUGAUCACAAGCCGCUGCGAUGGGGGUGUGGCUGUGCUCUGACAUGCUCCUCCCCUUUACAUGUUUACGAGUUAUGUCUGUUAAAUACUUGGAGUGUAACAGUUACGAUUUUUAUACAUGAACGCAAAGGUGCUACAAGCUGGCUAAUUUAAUUACAACCAUGUGUUAAUUUUAUGAAGAAAACAUGAGCAGGGUCAUGUGAUGGGGCAUGGCCAUGUUCUCACUGACCCCAUCCCUUUCUGUCUAGCUCGAAAGCGUUACUGGCUAACAGCCUUCAUGCUUAUGUCAUAAUUCAUUUAUUGGAACAUUUUGACUGAAAUUUGAUGUCAUAAAUAGAUGUUGAAAAAAAAGACAUUUUGUGUAUUUAUAUUGCGGUGAUGAAAGACAUUACUGUGUUGAUGUGUGUUAUUGUGUGGAAAUGAAACGUUGCUUUACCUGUUGCACAUUUCUUACUUGUGUGAUUAAACUAGAAUUUUAAAAUCA